AUGAAAAUCUUUCCAUUAACCAACAAAAAAAUGGUUGGAAGGUUAUUCGAUUUUUUCACUCGUGCAUUUGUUCCUCAGCCUGUUCAUUGUGCUGGCCCACCUGCAAAGCAUGGUGAAGACAAGGUUUUCUGGAAAGCGACUCUCAGUGGUGGCAUCACAGGAGGUAUUGAAGCUUGCAUAACCUAUCCUACUGAAUUCAUUAAGACAAUGCAACAACUCUACCCUGAAAAGCGUUCAGGAAUAAUCCAAGUCGGAAAAGAUACAGUUAACGCUCAUGGCUUUCGAGGAUUAUAUAGAGGACUUUCCUGUUUGCUCUUCUUCUCAAUCCCAAAGACAGGCACCAGGUUUGGAUCUAAGGAAGUGUACGAUAAGUACAUCUUUACCACUCCUGGAAAACUCAACACUUUCUUGUCAGGAGCAUGUGCUGGAGCUACUGAAGCAGUUUUUGUGGUUACUCCUAUGGAAACUUUGAAGGUCAAACUAAUCCAUGAUAGGAUGAGCCCUACUCCUAAAUACAGAGGUCUUUUCCACGGAAUUUCUACUAUUUAUAAAGCUGAAGGGUUCCCUGGAGUCUACAGAGGAGUGGUCCCAACCUUAAUUAGACAAAGCUCAAACCAGGCUAUUAGAUUCUUAGUAUAUGGAGAAUGCAAGAAAUUUAUUGAGACGACUUUCCCUAACAGUCCAUUGACUUUACAAACUGCUUUGUCAGGAGCUAUAGCUGGAGCAGCAUCUGUGCUAGGUAACAACCCUAUUGACGUCGUAAAAACUAUUAUGCAAGGAUUGGAAGCUAAGAAAUACAAUGGAUCACUCCAUUGCUUCUUUGCAAUCGCUAAAAGAGACGGAAUAAGAGGAUUCUAUAAAGGAGCUGGUGCAAGACUUACUAGAGUAGUUUUAGAUGUGGCGAUUACCUUCACUCUCGUUGAGCAUAUUCGCAAUGGUCUUGAUUAUUUCUUCCCAACUAAAAAAUAA